GCAUCAUGGACUGUUCCGAAGGCAGUUGUGUUAGGGAGUACGUCAUUGUCCUCGUUAGAGCGUUCAGGUAUAGGGUGUGGAGCCUCGAGGCGGAAAACCGCGAAGAUACGGGAUUUGUAUUUGCAGAAUAAACUGCAGUAACAUGGACGCUUUCCACUGUUGAAGAUGACAUAGAACAACAAGCAGUCGGAUAUAUUGUCAAUAUGGGUUUGUGUUGUCGGAGCCUGAAGGAUACCAAGAUCCUAAUGAAGAUGGGUUUGGGCCUUGUCUUGGUGGGUCACGUGAACUUCCUGUUGGGGGCGCUGGUGCACGGCACUGUGCUUCGUGAUGUGAAAGUGCAGACCGCCACAAUUGAGUACGCCAUCUCCAACAUCAUCGCCCUCGUCGCGGGUCUUGUGGCGGUUGUAGCUGGGAUCUCAGCCAUCACACUGUCUAAAAACAUGAAGAAGCAGGCCUUGAAAUGGCUGUUGUUGGUGGUGAGCAUCAUCACAUGCUUUCUCGGGUUAGCUUCUGCCGUCAGCGUCUUGGUCUCCAUGGUUACAGCCAUUUCUAACGACGGUUCGAGUCUGCUGAAGCAGUGUAAUGUGAACAUUACUGUUAACACGUACAGCAUCACUAAUGAGUGUCCGUUUGACCCCACACGCGUUUACGGGACGACUCUGACCCUCUGGGUGCUGCUCAUCAUCUUGUCGGUGGUGGAGGUGGUGUUUUCGGCUCGCUGUUUCGCAGCCAGCACCAGCUUCCUGCGUCUGCCUUGCCCCUGGAGGAAGACCCCGAAAAAAUCCAGGGUGCGUUUCCGAUCGCCAAAGAACUCUACCUCAUCACCGAGUGAGGCGUUUCCUGCAGAACGGCGUGACCUUCUGAACCCCAUCUCGCCCACCGAGGAGAACAGCUGUCUGUGAGCUCAAGCGGAUAUAUAUACAUACACUUUUUUUUCACUACUUACGGCUGCAUUUGUGAGUUCUAGUCUUUUUAGGACAUUAAAGUAGUCUGUGUGGACAGUAAAUCUCAACAGUGCCUGCAAUACCUAGAUGCUGAUUCAAUUUGUAUUGUGAUUCUGAGAGCAUGAUGAUUUUUAUACAUAUUCCAAUACCAGAUUUUUUUUCAGAUUUUGUUACAUUUCUAAACAAUCUUGGCGAAUAUUUUGCUCCUACCACACAGGAUGCUGUCCAGUUUAAUACCUGGAGGAACUGCAACAUAGUACCACCUCAAAAGCAAACAUAUAUAAAUUAAAAAUUACUUAAUUGAGUCAGUGUGAUGCUACAUGAAUUG